GCUGCCCGUGCGGCGAGUUCUGGCAACAUAACUACUCAUCUGCCUGCGUACACGCUUUGCAUACUUACCACCAAGGAUUCUGAAUCUCUAGACUCUUUGUUUUCCGCUCACAGGAAGAAAAGUACUGCGUAUUGGACAGACUUUAUAAUAUUCGCUCUUCUAUUGUGACAACGGAAAGUUUUGCCCGGUGUUGUGUUGCUUUAUCUGCCUCAUGCCAAGGGCUCCACGCCGCGCCACUCCACCACCCUCGCCUCACACUCCUAAGCCUUCUCGUGCGAACCUUACAGACAUUUAAUAUGCGACAGGAACAAAAGUGUAUAAAUAAAACGUGUUACGCGUAUCUCUGAAGCAACGGAAUUGUCUCAUAACCGUUACCGCGGCCGCUUGUCGCUGGUUUGUGUUGUGCGGCAUCCACUGCAAUCAUCUGUCUAGUAUAGUGAGGAACCCAAAACACCGCCAAGAUGAAGGUGUCGAUGGACCGCACCUCCAUAAACAUCGGGAUAUUGGGCUUGGCCUUUAUGCUGGUGUUCACCUCUUUCCAGACACAAGGCAACAUGCAGCAAACUGUCAUCAAAAGCAUUCAGGCUGAGAACCCCGACUUUACUGGAUCAGGAUACACAUCUCUGGCAGUGAUCUAUGCAGUGUUUGCCUCCUUCAACUGGCUUGCCCCAUCAUGCCUCAGCUUCCUUGGACCAAAGCUGACGAUGAUCAUAGGUGGCAUAACCUACAUAAUCUUCAUUGUUGGUUUUCUAUGGCCACACACAGUAAUUCUGUACCUGACAUCAGUAUUAGUUGGUGCUGGUGCUGCCUUGAUAUGGACCGGCCAGGGUAACUACCUCACAUUGAUGUCCACCCAGAAGACUAUAUCUCGCAAUUCAGGCAUCUUCUGGGCCAUGCUACAAAGCAGCAUGUUGUUUGGGAACCUUUUUGUCUUCUAUCAAUUCAUGGGAAAGGAUCUUAUUGAUCAACAUACCCGCAUGGUGGUGUUCUUAGCCCUGACAGUGGUUGGAGUGAUUGGCGUUGGCAUUAUGUGCUUCCUACCAAAACCUGGUUCAGAAGGGGGAGGUCGAGCUGAUGAUUUGGGGGGGCCCUUUGAUGCUCUGAAAAAAUCAUUUGCUCUCUUCAGUACAAGAGACAUGCUACUUUUGUCUGCCACGUUCUUCUAUACAGGUAUUGAGUUGUCCUUCUUCAGUGGAGUCUACAGUACCUGCUUGGGCUUUACUCAGCGUUUCCCUGAUCCCAAGCGUCUUGUUGGUCUCUCUGGAAUGUUCAUUGGUGUCGGAGAAAUCUUAGGAGGAGGAGUAUUUGGUAUUUUUGGAUCAAAGACUGUCAAGUUCGGUCGUGACCCCAUCGUGAUCUUGGGUUACCUUAUCCACGUGUUGUGUUACUUCCUCAUCUUCCUGAACCUCCCAACAAAGUCUCCACUUGGGAACACAGUCGACUCAUCCCAUUUACCAUAUGGAGAACCCAGUCAAGUGAUUGCUCUCCUGUGCAGCUUUUUAUUGGGUUUCGGAGAUGCGUGCUUUAACACACAAAUCUACUCCAUUCUUGGUUCUGUCUAUGAAGAUAGCUCUGGCCCAGCCUUUGCACUGUUCAAGUUUGUUCAGUCUGUGUCAGCUGCUGCAUGCUUCUUUUAUUCAAGUGUUUUUGAACUGUAUUGGCACUUAGGUAUUUUGAUAGUGUUUGCCACCAUUGGUACCUUCACUUUCUGCAUAGUGGAGUGGAAGGCACAUCGACGCCUCAAGGCUAAGCCAGACACAACUGCAUUUGAUUGACAAAGCCGUUUGGACAGUUCAUCAGUAUGUGAAUAAUGUCUAAUAGUACUCGUUUCAUAUCAUCUCCAUAUUCAGUAGUGCAUACGUUUACUUUCAUUAAAAUAUAGCCUUAUCAGUUAUCUGUCUGUGACUUAUGUGCACCCUUACAUAAUGCCCAAACCCCAAUUUCUUUUCCUGUAAUGCUAAUGAUAAACCACUAGUUGUUACAGGUCUGAAGUUAUAUCUGUGAUGAGGAAAGUCUAGAUAGACAUAUCUUGUUUUUAUAAUGAAUAUUUAAACUUUUUGUAUAAAGAGAUUCUGACCUUGUAUACCUGAAGGUUAUUGGGGAUAGUGAUGUGAAUAUAUUAUCAGUACACAUGUACUAAUCUGUAUUAGUAUAUAUAUGUGUGUACAUUGUAUUGAAUCAUAGAUUCUAAUGCUGUAUUUUCAUUAUUGUAUUAAAACUGUUAAAUGAC